AUGAUGCAAGAGGAACGCUCGGCGAAAUCGGAAUUACCUUCUUUUUGGGUGCCGGGAGAAACUCCCUCGAACCAGAGGAAAUCAGAGGGAAAAGUGGGCAAGGUACAUCCUACUUGUCCCGCGGCCGAGAAUUCGAAACCUCAUGAUUUCGCGCUGAGGUCUUUGAUUACGGUGCGGUUUACUGAGGAACGACAGACAUCCUCCUCGAAGGAGUCUGGCACGGGAGAAGGGGCCACGGAAGAUGAAAAAUGGGAAAUGAAGAGAAUGUGUCCGGCUUGCCAUAAAGUCCUCUCGAACUCUACAAAAGCUAUCCUGGCGAAACCGUGUGGACAUGUGCUUUGCAAACCUUGCAGUGCGAGGUUUCAGAAAGUCGAGGGGAAGAGUGCGCAUGAUGUUGUUGUUGUUGGGGAGGGGGAUGGAGAAGACGAGCAGGCGGGUGUGGUGAGGUGUUAUGUUUGUCAGGAAAAUGUCACGGCGGGGUGGAAGGGGAAGGGGAAGAAGGAGAAGAGGAAGAGGGAUUUGGAGAAGAAGGAGAAGAUUGUUGAGAGGGGUUUGGUGGAGUUGAGUUGUGAGGGGACGGGGUUUGCGGGUGGGGGCAGGAAUGUGGUUAAGAAGGAUGGGUUGAGUUUUCAAUGUUGA